GCCGGGCUGUGAAUCCCAUCAUUGUUCAUUUCUGACCAUCUCCUUUCCACAUCCAGCAGGGAAAAAUUUGUCAGCCCUCUCCCUUUGCCUGCACUGUGCAACUUUCUGUCCGUACAUUUGGAGCAGAUGCCUUCCAGUGCUGUGAUGUGGGGCCGAGCAGCACUCCGCGCUGUAAUCCAUCCGCGGUGCUGUACGUGAGGAGCACCACGCACGGUUCAGCUGGAGAUGCUCCUCCCGAGCACAUCUCCUCACUGAGGCACGUGGGGAGGGUCUGAUCCUGUGUGCUGGGCAGAUGGAAGCCCAGGGACUUCCAACAGACUUGCUCUGGCUGCUGGGGAUGAUGAAGUUUGCCUGGGAUAACUACAAGCAGUACGCAAUGGGGAAGAACGAGCUGCGCCCGCUGACCAAGAACGGCCACAUCGGGAACAUGUUCGGAGGCCUUCGAGGAGCAACUGUGAUCGAUGCCUUAGACACCCUCUACAUCAUGGAGCUCGAGGAGGAAUUCCAAGAAGCCAAGCAGUGGGUGGAGAAGAGCUUUGACUUGAACGUGAAUGGAGAAGCUUCCCUGUUCGAGGUGAACAUCCGCUACAUCGGAGGGCUCCUGGCCACCUACUACCUGACUGGAGAGGAGGUGUUCAAGAGCAAAGCCCUGGAACUUGGAGAGAAACUUCUGCCAGCCUUCAACACCCCCACUGGAAUCCCACGUGGAGUCAUCAACCUGGGCAGUGGCAUGAGCUGGAGCUGGGGCUGGGCAUCUGCUGGAAGCAGCAUCCUGGCAGAAUUUGGGACCCUGCACCUGGAGUUCCUGCACCUCUCCCAGCUCUCUGGCAACCCAGUGUUUGCAGAAAAGGUGAUGAACAUCCGCAGGGUGCUCAGCAGAGUGGAGAAGCCACAGGGCCUGUACCCCAACUUCCUGAGCCCGGUGACGGGGAGCUGGGUGCAGCACCACGUCUCCAUCGGGGGCCUCGGGGACAGCUUUUAUGAAUAUCUCAUCAAAUCCUGGCUGAUGUCAGACAAGAAGGACUCUGAAGCUAAAAAGAUGUACGACGAUGCCUUGGAGGCAAUAGAAAAGCAUUUGGUGAAGAAAUCUGCAGGAGGCUUGACCUACAUCGCGGAGUGGAGGGGUGGCAUCCUGGAUCACAAGAUGGGCCACUUGGCCUGCUUCUCUGGGGGCAUGAUUGCCCUGGGGGCCGAGCACAGCACGGGGGAGAGGAGGCAGAGGCACAUGGAGCUGGCAGCAGAGAUCACCAGCACCUGCCACGAGUCCUACACACGCUCAGGCAUCCCUGCAGCUCCUGUGAGGCUGCAGGCAGCCAGGGCAGCUCUCCAGGACCUUGUCAGGCACAGACACCAAGCUGGGUCCCGAGGCGUUCCGCUUCGACGCGGGGAGCGAGGCCACGGCCACGCGGCUCAGCGAGCGCUACUACAUCCUGAGGCCCGAGGUGGUGGAGAGCUACAUGUACCUCUGGAGGCUCACCCACCACCCCAAGUACAGGCACUGGGGCUGGGAGGUGGUCCAGGCCCUGGAGAAGCACUGCAGGGUGGAAGCUGGCUUCUCUGGCAUCCGAGACGUGUACACCACCACGCCCACCCACGACAACAUGCAGCAGAGCUUCUUCCUCGCAGAGACUCUGAAGUACCUCUAUCUUCUGUUCUGUGAAGAUGACGUGCUGUCCCUGGAGGAUUGGGUGUUCAACACCGAGGCUCACCCCCUGCCCAUCAACCACACGGACUUGAAAGCAGCAGGGCAGCCCUGAGGCCCUGCCCAGCUCCUGCUCCCCCAGCCUGGGCAGACUCUGCUUUUCCUUUCCAUUGAAGGAAUUCCUGUUGUUCCUGAAAUGGUGUUUUGGGGCACUAGUCCAAUUCCGGACAGUAUUUUCUUGGGAAGAUGAACCAUGACUAAGCACCUUCUUUUCCUCUGUGAGGAGCUCUAUUAGGCUGAUGAUGAGAUGUUUAUUCUGGGCCAUACUGUACACAGUUCAUAGACAUUCCUUUAUACAGAGAAUUUAUAUGAAAUCCACUGAUUUUGCUUUCUAGUGGCCAAAGGACUGGAAGUUUGCCAUAAAAUAGAAUUUACACACACACGAACACACACACAUCCUCCUUUCCUUUCUCUGGUUCAUUUCUGCCUUUUAUCUGCUCUUGGAUUUAUCACCUUUCCAGUGAACAGUUCUCAGUAUUCUGAGCUUUCUGCUGCUGGGCUCUGGGGCUCUUCAGGAGAACGAGGAAGGGGAGCUGUCCUUGCUGUGGGAGAGCAGGAAUUCCUGGGGAUGGCUGAGGAGCCAGCUGAGAGCUCAGGAGCGAAGGGAGGACACAAAAGGUGAUGUUCUAGUGGGAAAAGAAGAGGAUCAAACCCUCCACAGACAGGAGCAGCCUCAGGUUGGAAUUUGCAGAUUUCAGGGACUUGAACCACCCUGAUCCCUGCUGGAGGGUAACUCAGGAGCAAUCCAGGAGGCUCCUGGAGCGGGUUGGUGAUGAAUUCCCUCUCCAAGGGACACAGGAGCCAGCAGAGGGGCUCUGCUGAGCCCAGGAUGAGAUCCAAGAUGAGAUCCAAGGCUGCCCAGGUUGAUGGUGAGUUGAGGAUCCUGAGGGCAGCAGGGAGGGGGAAGCUCCAGCCUGGGCUGCAGCAGAGCAGACCUGGAGGUCUCCAGAGGGACAGGGACACAGCCCUGGGGCCCAGGUGGCCCUGCCUGAGCAGGGACUGGGACAGGGCCACCCCGAGGUCCCCUCCAGCCUCCGCCAUUCUGUGACUCAACUGUAACUAAACCAAAACUUGGCUGCAAAAUCCUUGCUCCUGAUGUAUUUUUAUAUACUUUUUUUCUGUGCUCUUAAAACACAUUUACCACCCAUCACAUCUCAUUUAACUUUCCUUUAUCUUUUCUUUUUUUUUUGGUGUUUUUCUACUUUUAUUUGGAACUAAAUGUUAUGAGUCACUUGUAAUAAUUUUAUUGCUGUAAUAGUCAGAUCUGUGAAACAGAAUAAAAGUCUUGUAAAAUAAAAA